AUGCAUGUACUACAAGGAUUCGGCCAAAGACGCAAGUCGUCUCGCUGCCCAAGAGACCUACACAUCCGAAAGGUUUCAUUCUCGGGAUCCUCUCUCUCCUCCGGCUGCUCUCUAUCAUCAUCUUCAUCAUCCACAAUCUCAGCCGUCUCAACACCAGCAGCCAGGACACCUACAACAUCAAGACCCGAAAUCGACCCUCUCGCCUCACAUCCCGCCUUCCACGCACCACCAAGAUUAUACGAGCGACCUUUCAAGCGUAUCGAUGAACCCGAGCCUGUCUUUUACGGUACCGACGAGGCAGUUAUCGAUGAGGAGGAUUUUGUCGAGCAGGAUGUUGCUGCUCAGCAGCCUACUGAGAUGGCCCUGCCUCCUCAUGUGAGCCCUAUGGAUGCUGCCGACGAGCAGGGCAAUGAGCCCAAGGAUUACUUCUUCACCACAUUAUCAACAAGACCACCGAUGCCCAAGUCUCGCUGGUCAGAAUCUACUAUCCAGAGCAUUCAGACCUUUGACGACGAUGAGGAGGAUGACUCCGAAGUCACCCAGUCCGAAGACUCUGAAGACGACAACGAUGACAUGUCUGUCCUUGAGAUGCGUCGUCUGUCCCGUCACUCCUCUGCACUAAAACCCGCCUCUAUCAACGCUACCUUUGCUGCCCGACCUGGUCUGGCACCUAAGCGUCCUCCCAUGCGAUCCCUCGACAGCGUCGACAACUUUAUCCGACGCGGAGGAUGGAAGCGUCGUGGCAUUGUCUUCCACAAGGAAGACCUCGAGUGCCAGGACCGCAACAGCUUCUAA